UAAAUGUAUAGGUACAAUACCCUCAUUUUAAAAUGUCUAUAAAGCCUAACACCGAGAGGGACAUUAGUUCAGACAUACACACACCAUAUUUCAUUUAUUUUCUUAAUGCUUCAAAGUUUGAAUGGCAAUAUCAAAACAGCUUCCGGCCGUAGGGGGUGAAGACAGUGGGCUUUUAGAGGCUCAAACUCACAUAUACAACUAGGGGUGGGGAAAAAUACCGAAAUUUCGGUAUACCGGACUUACCAUAUCGAAAAAUACCGAAUUUACCGAAGUGUUUGGUAUACCGACACUUUUGGUACGGUAUGAUACCGUACCGAAUUACUUCGGUAUGGUAUCGGUAUAUAUUUUGGAAAUAAACGGUAUACCGUUAUACCGUCAUACCGUAAUUCCAAGCCAAUAAUUUCUUUAGAAUUAUAAAAAUAAUUAGAAACACAACAUUAAUUCAAGGAUAAUGACUUUAUAUCCAUGUUUCUUGAAUUAUUUAUACUUUUUGUUGGAAAUCGAUGUUAUUUCAAAUAUAUUUAGGUUGUUUAAAUUAUUAUUUUAGCAGAAUGUGUUGUUAUCUUCAUAUAUCAUGUGUUGAAGUAUCCGUACAUAUUUAUAAUAUUUUUUUGUUCAAAGUUGAAUAGAACACAAAUAGGUUAUCAUUGGCAUUUUAUAAUUAAUUUCAUUAAUAAUUUUAGUAUAUCACUAUUAACACUGAUUUUCUAUAUUUCAUUUGAUAUAUAAUAAUUUGAUAUUAAAUCAUGAUAAUUUACCAAUACCGUAAAUUACCGUACCGAAAUUUCGGUAUACCGAAACAAGGUAUACCGAAAUUUAGGUAUGGUAACGGUAUGUAUUUUUGCAUACCGAAAGUUUACGGUAUGAUAAAGGUAUGAGAUAAAAUCUUCGGUAUACCGUACCGAACCAUCCCUAUAUACAACACGCUAUUAAGCUGCUUAAAAGCCACCUCGCUAAGAUGCGCCGUCCAGCUGGACAUCCCCGACAUCAUCCACAAGCACCAAAGACCCAUGACCCUUCCCGAGCUGGUCAACGCCCUCCCAAUCAACAAGGCCAAAGCCGAGCAGCUCGGUCAACUCAUGCGCACGUUAGUCCUCUCCGGCUACUUCGUGGAGAAGGAGAAGGAGAAGAAGAAGAAUUUGGAAUAUGUUGGAGGGGACAUGUUCGUGUCCAUACCUUCUGCGGAUGCUGUUCUUCUCAAGUGGAUUUUGCAUGAUUGGAGUGAUGAAGAAUGCCUCAAAAUAUUGAGGAAAUGUAAAGAAUCAAUUUCCAAGAAAGGAAAAGGUGGGAAGGUCAUUGUAAUAGAUGUCGUGGUAGGGAAUCAGAAAGAUGAUGUUCUGGCAAUUGAAACCCAAACUCUCUUCGAUAUGUUGAUGAUGACUUAUUUCAAAGGGAAAGAGAGAUCAGAGAAAGAGUGGGCAAAGCUCUUCCUUGAAGCUGGCUUCAGUGCUUACAAAAUAAUUUCACCCUUGGGAUUAAAGUCUCUAAUUGAAAUUUAUCCUUAAUUAGCUUGAAGCUAAGAAAGGGCUUCUUAAUUACUCUGAGGAUGAAUAGGAAUGAAUACUUCAAAGGAUGAUGUAUAUCUUCCCAAAAAAAUGGAUGAUGUAUAUGAAAAAUAAAUACAUUACUACAUAUAUUCAAAUAAAGGAAGAAGGUUUUAUUCUCCGAAAUCCAAAUUACAUGUUUGAUAAAAAGUUGACUGAUAAAACCCAUAAACUAAAACUUAGAAUAUGAAAAGGACGUAUUUAUUUAGGCACGAAAUAUAUACAUACACUUUACAACCUUCUUCUUCUUCAAUUUAGACUUAAAAAUAAUUGUUGUUGGAAAUUAGUGAUUUUUUUUUUUGCUUUGUAGCUUUAGAGAGCCUAUCAAUAAUACAUUACAAAUUGUAAUUAAAAAAAUGUAAUCAUUACCACACCUCUAAGAUUUUUUUUAGAAAUCGUUCUAACCUAUAAUAUUAUCUGUUCUGACCUCUAAGAUUAUUUAAUAUGUUUAAAAAGCUAAAUCUCAUGUAACACAUGGGUAUUAGUAGAAGUAUAAGAAAAUUAAAUUGUGGGGGUGUAACGGUAAAGAUGACUGUGGGAAUUAGUGUAUUGUUCAAGCAACUCUAAUUUACAUCUUUCUAUGAUUUGGGAUGGAUUCUUGGGAGUCCAAUUAUUAAUUUAUUAUUAGACUCUAAACAAAAAAGGGGGGGAAAGAAGAAAGAAAAAUCAAACGUAGCUUUAGAAUGAGGAUUUUUUACUUUCAAAAAACGGAGCAACGGCGGGUCCUGGAUUCCAGGCCCGCCGGGAAUCAUGAGUUGCUUUAGUUGGAACUGUCGUGGGCUUGACAAUCCUGCGACAGUUCAAGCUCUGGUGGAUUUGAUCCACCUGAAGAGGCCGUGUUUGGUUUUUUUAAUGGAGACAUUUUCGAAUUCACAGCGAGUUCAGGAGGUGAUGAGGAGAGUUGGUUUGAAAUAUUGCUUUGCCGUGGACAACGAGGGGCAUAGAGGUGGCUUAGCGCUUCUUUGGGGGAUGGGGUUCAUGUGGAUAUUCGACACUCCUCACCCCAUUUCAUUGAUGCUUGCAUACGGUUGGAGGUGGAAGAUCCUUUAUGGCGGUUCACUGGUUUUUACGGGUGCCCGGAACGUGGAAGAAGGAGGGAGUCCUGGAAUAUUUUAAAAUCUCUGAGUCUGGAGAUGAGCAUUCCAUGGAUUGUUAUGGGUGAUUUCAAUGACCUCAUGGUGGAUUCCGAUAAGCGCGGCAGAGUCCCACAUCCUCCUUGGCUUCUGAGGGGUUUUCGGGAAACUGUUUGGGCGAGUGGAUUGCAGAACUUCCCAUUUCAGGGUUAUCAAUAUACUUGGGAACGGUGGCGGGGUACUCAAUUUUGGGUGGAAGAAAAGCUAGAUAGGAUCCUUGUUUCUGAGAGCUGGUUAGAGAUUUUUGGUGAUGCAAGUGCUGAAUCGGUGGAGGGGUCUCCUAGCGAUCAUUUAGCGUUGUACAUUAAAUUGCUUCCUUCCCGCAGGUUUCACCGCAGGAGUAAAUUUAAGUUCGAAAAUUGUUGGCUUCGGGAUGAGGAUUGCAGGUCGCUAGUUGCAAGGAGCUGGAAUCUGGGGGCUCACAAAGGCAUUAUUGGUCAAAUUGAAUUUUGUGGAAAUUCAGUAUGUGAGUGGGGCAAAAAAAGAAACGGAUCAUUUGGCAGGAGAAUAAAUAAGUUUCUGCCGUAAGCGUUUGGAGUUUCUAAGAAGACAUUCGGAUGAGUGGAGUCUGGCAGCUUUUCAACGGGUAAAGGGAGAGUAUCUGGAACUUUUGGAGCGGGAAAGUAUUUUUUGGCCCCAACGGGCUAAAGAGUUUUGGUUCAAGGGAGGUGACCUUAACACUGGAUUUUUUCAUAAUUCAGUGAAGCAUCGCAGGAGAAAAAAUAGAGUGGAGGGUUUGAGGUUGGAAGGGGGCAACUGGGAGAGAGACAGGACCGAACUUGGCCGGCUAAUCAGCGAUUAUUUUAAUAAUAUUUUCUCUUCUGUGCAGAGUAAUGAGAAUUUUUUAUUCCAUUGUGUUCCUAGAAAGUUGGAUGAGCAUCAUAAUGUGGAGCUUCUACGGCUUAUUCGAGGAGAGGAGGUUAAAGCGGCUAUUUUUGCCAUGUAUCCAAAUAAAGCGCCCGACCCGGAUGGGAUGAGUCCGGGAUUUUUUCAACACUAUUGGGAUGUGGUGGGGCCAGAUGUUAUCAAAUUUUGUGCCGAGGCUUUCCAAUCAGGUAAACUGUGGUGAGACCCAAAGUGCAUUUAUUCCGGGUAGGUCCAUCAUUGAUAAUAUUAUGUUAGCUUUCGAGUCGUAACAUUAUUUGAAUCGAAAGACGCAGGGUAAAAUGGGGUUUGUGAGUCUAAAAUUAGACAUGAGCAAAGCCUAUGAUGUAACACCGUCCCCAAAUGUAUUUACUUUCAAGUAAAUGAUGUAAUAAACCUUAUGGAAUGAUUUAGGAAUUUCGAGGUUGUAAAUUUUUAUUAAUUCUUUCGCGUGAAUAGUAAAUUGCACGUGGGACCCACACCGGGAGCGGGGGCCGACCGACAUUCCCGAGACCAUAUAUUUUAUUCAUCUUGGUCUAGAUAAUAAAUAUAUAGUGGUGGAUAUUUCAUUUGGGCCAUGGAAAGGCCCGGAGUUGACCGAUUGGUCAAAAGAAGCCCAAACUACCGGUACUGGUAAUUCAACAGAUAACAGCCCGAACUGAAUUUCGGAGACUUCCAAAUUAAAGUUUUGGAAUAUAUAUUAUUUCAAAGGGGCGUUAUGAUUGAGAGUGAGUAAUAUAUUUUAUUUGACCCGAUAAAAUAAAAUAUAUUUAAAACAGUCCGAAAAAUACAACUUUCGGGGUCGAUUGUACACUUCGGGACAAAAAGGGUUGACCUCCCACUUGGGUGGGGGCCAACCCACGUAUUUGGUCACCCAAAUUAAAAUGUUUGGCCGGCUGGAGUGAGGGAAGAGCAUGUGAUGGUGUGUGAAGUGAAGGGAAGAGCAUCAAACAAAAUAAGGUGGAUCCCGUCCACACUUAUUUGUUUAAUGAGACAAAGGGUUACCCUCACCCCUCCCUCUCCCUUAUUCUCGGCCAAGAGACACCCAGGAAGAACAAGAAAUCCACCAUCCCUCCUUCUCCAUUGUUGAAGAGAGCUCAACAAGAAGGAAUCCCAAGAAAAGGAGCUAAAGUGCUAAAAGUGUGAAAAGAUUAAGGUAAUGACCUUAUCAUAACUCUUCCUUUAUUUUUCUUCCACCGUAUGAAGUAUAUAUCAUGUGAAGGACCCUUGGUAUGAUUCCACAUGUUAUGAGUAUGAAUUUAUGGGUUGGAAGAUGGUUCUAUGUCCAAGAACGGACGUAGAAGCCGAAACGACCGAUUCACCGGAAAAUAGCCUUUUAGAGGUUAUUUGUAUUAAUAUGGGUUUUAUGAUUAUAAAACCUUGUUAGGCACUUGUAAAGGGUAUUUCAAGUGAUUUCACAAAGUUGGAAAAGUCGCCGGAGUUGUCGCCGGAGUUGACCAAAAGUCGCCGGAGUUUCACCGGAGUUCAACCAAGAAGGGUAGAACUUCAUAACGCUAGUUCAAGGUGAGUGGACGGCUUAAUAUCUUAUAACUUUUGGGUUAAUUAUGAGAUUACCUAAAUAAAUGUUAUAUGAGUUCGUAAUGAUGUUUAAAAGAUAUUUAAACAUGUGAUUAGCCAAUAGGGUUAAAUUUGUAUGAAAGAAAUUAAUUGUUGAUGCAUGGAAUAUGAUAUGAAGAAUUAUAUGAAAUGCAUAUUUGUUUGAAGUGUAUUAGAAGCACAAAUGAAUAUUAUUAACUUAAUUAUAUGAUGAUUAAGUUGAUACGCACAAGGCUUGAAAUGGCGGUCAAUGAAAGCGUUGACCAAUGGACAAAAGAUUUAAUUAAUACCGGUUGGUAUUAAUUAAUUAUAAAUCUAUAUAAAUUCAUGGUUUUUUCAUAAUAUGAUUAUGAAAAAGAAGCCGAAAUCCACCCAGGAAGAACAAGAAAUCCACCAUCCCUCCUUCUCCAUUGUUGAAGAGAGCUCAACAAGAAGGAAUCCCAAGAAAAGGAGCUAAAGUGCUAAAAGUGUGAAAAGAUUAAGGUAAUGACCUUAUCAUAACUCUUCCUUUAUUUUUCUUCCACCGUAUGAAGUAUAUAUCAUGUGAAGGACCCUUGGUAUGAUACAUAAGUUUCACCAAGUUUGAAAAGGAGCUAAAGUGCUAAAAGUGUGAAAAGAUUAAGGUAAUGACCUUAUCAUAACUCUUCCUUUAUUUUUCUUCCACCGUAUAAAUCUAUAUAAAUGCAUGGUUUUGCAUGGAUUGUGAUACAUAAGCUUUAUGUAUUGAAUUAGUUAUGAGUAACUAAGUAUGAUAUAGACUCUAUCUAGGUUGAUAGAAGGUUGAUCAUAGGAAAAUAUUUUGGUGGAGGACCCUAGUACUUAAAAGUACUUAACACUCAAAAUUUGGUGGAGGACCCUAGGACUUAAAAGUCCUUAACACUCGGAUUAUAAAUUGGUGGAGGACCCCAGGACUUAAAGUCCUUAACACUCGGAUUAUAAAUUGGUGGAGGACCCUAGUACUUAAAAGUACUUAACACUCAAAAUUUGGUGGAGGACCCUAAUACUUAAAAGUACUUAACACUCAAAACUUGGUGGAGGGCCCUAGGACUUAAAAGUCCUUAACACUCAAAAUUUGGUGGAGGACCCUAGUACUUAAAAGUACUUAACACUCAAAACUUGGUGGAGGACCCUAGGACUUAUGAGUCCUUAACACUCGGAAAACAAAUUGGUGGAGUACCCAAGGAUUAUGAUCCUCAAAACUCAUAGAUUAUGAUAUUGAAAUAGGAACAAGGAGGAGUCCUAUACACUCAUAGGUAUAUGGGUGGGUUGGGGUUUUUAGUCAAGAAUAUUGACUAUUACUAUUUUUCCCAAAUAAAAUGGUGAUCUACGGAUCGGAUAUUUUCCAAGUAUAUAUAUACUAAUAAGUAUUUCAUAACUUGGGGGAAAGACUAUUUAUAUAAGUAUCACCCUAUGUUUGGGUCUUAUACUUGAAACGCUAGUUAUUCUAUAUUUAGCCUGCUACUCGCUCGGUACUUGUACUGACCCCUUCGGGGCCCCCCACCAUUUUCAGGUUGAAGCUAGGACUUGCUACCUGCACCUUCUUACGGGUGAUAUCAACUCCAGGGAGACGUGGUUCGUGCUUCCUUAUUUUCUUUCAAACUACCGAACACAUUCUCAUGGAUAUUUGUUCUACUAUAAACUAUUUUUAGGGCUUGCAUGCCCGUGUUGUUGGCCGGUUGUGGCUUAUGACUUACCGUUGAAUAUUUUCGUUAUUCAUUGGUUUAAAUGUGAUGUUGUUAUGUAUGUUUACUACUGAGUAUGGAUGGAUUAUAUUCUCGAACGCCUUGUGUAAUUAAGUGAGGUUGACUCGCGGGUGACGUCACUUGAUUAUACGGCGGUUGUACACGCGCUUGGAUUGCGGUCUGGGGCGUGACAUAUGACAGGGUGGAAUGGUCUUUCUUGGAGGGUAUGAUGAGACAUCUGGGGUUUGCUGAGACCUGGAUUAAUCUGAUUAUGGAAUGUAUCACAUCUGUGACUUAUUCUAUCCCUUUUGAUGAGUCGGAGUUAGGGCCCAUUUUCCCUACUCGGGGGGUUGAGGCAGGGUGACCCUUUAUCACCUUAUCUUUUUCUUUUAGUGGCAGAAGGUUUGAGUGCCUUAUUGAGGCAUAAUGAGGAAGCAGGGCGCUUACAUGGUGUGGCCAUUGCCCGUGGUGCCCCCCGGAUUUCCCAUUUGUUGUUCGCAGAUGAUAGUUUACUUUUCUUUAAAGCAACCCAUGGGGAACUUCUUUAGUGAAGGAAAUUUUACAUGACUACGAGAUAGCCUCGGGGCAGAUGAUCAAUCUCAAUAAAUCAAAAAUUUUCUUUAGCUCCAAUGUUCCAAAUGAGUGUCGAGUUGGUCUCACAGAGAUGUUGGGGGUGGGGUUGGCCGGUGAGGAAGAAAGGUACUUGGGGUUGCCGGCGUUGGUAGGGAGAAGUAAGCGGAAAAUUUUAGAUUAUUUGAGACAAAGGAUAGUAAACCGCAUCCAAAGUUGGAAUAAUCGGUUUUUGUCUAGGGUGGGCCGAGAAGUUCUUCUUAAAUCCGUAGUCCAAGCAAUGCCGAAUUAUGCAAUGAAUGUUUUUCUUUUUCCGAAGGAUUUAUGUCGGGAAAUGGAAGUCCUUAUGAAUGCGUUUUGGUGGACGGGGCAAUCUGGGAAAGGAAUUAAGUGGCGUAAUUGGGAUUUCUUGUGUAAGCCUAAGAAAUUGGGAGGCAUGGGAUUUAAGAGGAUCAGGGAUUUUAAUUUAUCUAUGUUAGCCAAACAAGCUUGGAGACUGUUUACGGAACCCGAGACUUUAGUGGGGCGGGUUUUUAAAGCCCGUUACUAUCCUAAAGGUACUUUCUUGACUGCUAAAAUUGGGCAUAACCCGUCUUUUAUCUGGCAUAGCAUUUUUCGAACACAAGGAAUUAUAAAGGAUAGUUAUUACUGGCGUGUGGGUAAUGGGGAAUCCAUCAAUGUGGUCUGAGCCGUGGUUACCAGAUGAGAUUAAUCCUAAGGUUGAAACCGCCCCUGGAAUGGGUAUUCACAAUAGUAGGGUGGUGAAUCUUUUUUGCACAUCUCAGAAGAGCUGGGAUUCAGACCUUAUAUGUGAUAUUUUCGAAUCAAGGGAUGCUAGGCUUAUACAAAGCAUUCCUCUCAGUUUGAGAUCGGUUCCAGACAGGGUUUGUUGGCGGUGGGAGGCGAACGGGCGUUUCUCUGUCCGAAGCUGUUACCAAAAGUUGGUCGGGGAGUUCGAACAAGAGGGAUGGAUCGACUGGACUUCUAUGUGGAACUGGAAAUUACCCCCCAAAAUCAAAAAAAAAAAUUCUGGCAGGUUGGGAACAAGCUCAAAAAGCUGCUGCAGUUCAAGUCAAUCAAGGGAGUACAAACUCUUCACUUUGGAGAAGGCCACAUCAGAGACGGGUCAAGCUUAAUGUGGACGCAGCAGUGCGGGAUUAUCAUUGUGGCCUGGGCUGGAUUCUUCGAAACGAGGCAGGAGAUUUUAUCGCGGGAGCUGCGAAGACAUGGCAGGGGAAAUUAUCCCCCUGGGAGGCUGAACUGGUUGGCAUUCGGGAAGCUCUAAGCUGGGUCAAGGAACAAGGAUGGGAGCGGGUGGACGUGGAAUCGGAUGCUUCUCGAGCCAUUGCGGAGAUUAAGAAUGGCUCUUGCAUUUCUACUGCAGGAGUGAUAGCAGAUGAUGUCAGAGAUUUAUGCUCAAGGAUGACAGAUAUUUCCUUUUGUUUUGUUAGACGAUCUGCGAACAGGGCGGCUCAUGGCUUUGCUCAAGUCGCCUGUUCAAUGUCUGGAUGUCGGAUCUGGAUGGGAGUUCCUCCUACUUUCAUUAUUCAUGUACUAAACAGUGAUUUGAUUAAUAUUAAUUAAGUUUGUUUCUUUCAACAACAAAAAAAUCAAACGUAGCGUGAAAUUCUUUGUCAAUUAUAGACAAAACAUGAAUACAUUGAUUGUCAAUUUUAUAGACAAAACAUGAAUACAUUGAUUGCACCAAGACUGACAAAAUUCUUUUAACAAUGGGAAAAGUACAUCAGUUUAUUACUGCGUAAUUACACAGAUGAAUAUGGAGCAACAUUAUACUACAUAUCCAAUUUCAUGGAAAGAAAGAAUAGACAUUACUGUGCCUUAAAAUUCUGUCUGAAAACUACUCAACAAUUGAAAAGACACAGCUAGGCUCAAUUUCCAGAAACAAGAGAGCUUCUUUAUCAUUCCCAGAUUGAUAGUGAUGCCUGAAUUACCCAGAAAAAGCAUAGUUCGUUCACAUCUACAAAAUGCAAGAGAAAUAGAGAUUGACUGCUGAACAAACCACCAACCAAUUAAUCAAGGGACAAUUCAGUUCAAUACUGGUUUGGCUUUCUUUGGAUCAUAUUCCAAAAAACAAGACUGGAUAUCUCAAUAACACAUUGAAGCAUCAUCUUCAACAUAUAGAAUAUCUUCAUAUAUUCAUAUAGAGUCAUCAUCAUCAACACCUUAAUCCAACAGAUCAGAUGGGUGGCAUUAAAUUUAGAGUGACACCAAAUCUACAGCCAUCACCAGAUCCUAGGAGUUUCUGAACUAAGAAAGCAUUUAAAAAGUCAACUCAAUCUGAUCAGAUGUUGGUCAACUGGCAAUUACGUAGGUGCAACUAUGCUCAGCUUGGAACCCUUGUAAGGGGUUGUUUACUUUUUUUUCCAUUAAGUCCUGUAUGGAUUAAGAUGUCUGUCUGUAUUAAGACGUCUGUCUGGGUUAAGUGACACUGUGAUACUUAGCUGUUUACCAUGUGUGCUGAAUGUGUAGUCUGAAUAAUAUUAAAUUACUGAUUUACCCUUUUAUCUGUUAUAAGUGUUUGAAUAUAUAAUGCUUACUUUUGUUACUUUGAAUGAUAUUUCGAUAUCACAAAAUUUAUUAAAU